AUGCUUCUACUUUCUUCAUUCACUCCACAACACUCAAUUCUCUCAAACCCAUCUCUCUUUUGCCCUAAUUCCAACCCCUUUAACCAUUUUCAUUCCCAAAAACCCCAAAAUUGUUGCUUCAAAUGCUACUCCUUUUCCCCAAUUCAUUCAAAACCACCAUUUUCAGCUAAUUCCUCAUCUUCGUCUUGUUCUACAGCUACUUUGCGGUAUGUAAAUGACCCCAUUUUAGAGGAGGAAGAAGGAGGGGAGUGGGUCCCUUCUGCCUCGGCAUUGGCUGCUGCCAUUCGCAAGGCUUCCUCUUCUCCCAUUGAAUUUACCCAGAAAAUUGUAAGGGACUCUAAAUCUCAAGGGAUUGUUCUUCCUAGCCCUGAUUUUCAAAGGCUUUGCCUUGAUCAAUUGGCCCUUUUUCGACGCAUUGUGGACCCCAAUGCCCUUCUCUCUAUUUAUGUGAGGCCUGCUGGUAGCUAUGUUAUGGAUCGGUUAGAACUCCGACGUGUUACCUUUUAUCCAUCCGUGGAUGGGGCUGAUAUUGUCAUAUUAGUUGGUGAUUUCAGUGUUCCAGCUGGCCUGCGUGGUGCUGAAGCUGCUCUUUCUAACCUGCAAGCCAAGGCAAUCCCUGAGUGUAAAGCUGUUGUCUUCCCAAUGGUCAAACACCCAUUUGUUGUUGGGUUUUUGAUUGUUGAGCUUCCCGGUGUGGAGCCUGGAAAGGGGUCUCAUGAUGCUUCACAAUCACCAUUCCCAGAAGAGUGCUAUAAAUUGCCCCCUACAUUUGAUUUGAAGGCGACAGAUAUCCCACUAUGCAGUGGAAAUCCGCUGACGUUCUUCAACCUAUCAGCUGAUCAGAUAUUAAAUGCCAUAAACAUUUCUCGCUCCCUGGCUAUGGCUUAUGUUAUGGAUCAGAAAGCAAUGUUGCUUCAACAAACAUCUUGGCAAAAUAACAUCCGGAUGAGUAAUCUUGUUGAACAAAUUCGUGGGCCAUUGUCCAGCUUACAGACUCUAUCUAAACUGUUGUCAGUUCAAAUUAAAAGAAGUGAGAUUGCUCAUGACAUUGUUGAAAACAUAGUGGUCCAAGGUGAUCGUAUACGUGACACUUUGGAACAGCUGCAGGAUGCUGUUCUCUUGACCAAGGCUAACAUAAUGAGGUUCAAUGAAGAAUCAUUAAAAAAGAUGGAUGGCUUGACUUAUGUUCAACCUGAAAUGAGAACGUUUGAGUUACCAAAGGAUAUGCCGUCUCACACAUCUGCUGAUAAGACCAGAUACUCUAACGAGUCUGAUCAACAACGUUCUCUAAGUUUGUCUAUCAAAGAUUCAGAGAUGCCCAUGCCACCAUUGGCACUAGCACCUUUACGACAGCAUAGCAUCAGACCGUGCAAUGUUUCUGAUAUAGUGGUGGAUUUGGUUGGAGCUGCACAACCACUUGCUCAAAACCAGAAGCGUAAUUUGAAAUUAAGUGAAUUCUCCCAAUUCCUGCCAGUUGCUGUUGAAGAACCUGCUCUGCGUCAGGCCCUCAGCAAUCUAUUAGAGGGUGCACUUUUGCGCACAAAUGUUGGAGGAAGAGUUGAAAUUGUCUCUGUUUCAGCACCUGCAGGUGGUGCUCUUGUUGUCAUUGAUGAUGAUGGCCCAGAUAUGCACUACAUGACACAGAUGCGUGCGCUAACACCAUUUGGGGAAGAACUAUUCUCAGAGCAGAUGAUGGAAGAUAACAUGACAUGGAACUUUAUUGCUGGACUCACAGUAGCACGAGAGAUACUUGAAAGCUACGGUUGUGUCCUCCGUGUCAUCUCUCCUCGGAACACAGAUGCUGCCCUCGGGUCAGGUGGGACCCGAGUGGAGAUUUGGCUUCCUUCUUCGACUUCAUAAAUCACAGUGCUCUCCAGCUGACAGGGCAUAAGAAGGUUUGGUUAUUCAAGAAACCCUUCUCUGAUGUAUAGUCCUCUUGUAGUAAUAUGUUCUCAUUACAAAGCAGAGCAUCUGCGACCUGUAAAUAACCCCUCCUUGCAGUAUCAGGAAAUCUCUUGUAUGUUGGUGUGUUAUAAAUCUAGAUAACAUUGUAACUAUAAAUUAUUGACAGUUAUAAAUUAGUUUCAGGCAUUAUUAUUACUCUAUAAAUGAAA